GAGCGAGAGAGGGAUUCAGGAGGAGCUGCAACCAGAGCAGUCUCACUGGGGACUCUCUCUGCCGAGCUCACUGCUGUCCUCUCUUCCUCAGCCGCUGGCCUCUUUUCAGUUUCCUCCCCUUGGCUCUCUUGUUCUUUUAGCCCACGACUCACCCUGUGGAUUUGUUAUUCCCUGGCUCUCUGGGAAACCGCAGAACAGCGCUGUCGUGACUUGCCGGCUGACACUGCAAGGGAAGGGGAGAGCGGAAGAGAAGGAGAGAGAAAGUGAGACAGACCAAUCGAUUACUCUGAUACAAAGGAGAGACUCUGGGAGAGGAGAGCAGAGGCAGUUGCAGCGGUUUCUAGCCCUUCUGGUUUUCAAGGAGAUAUUCUUUGACAUUACUGGGAGUCUUACGAAUCACUUGAUUCACAUCCUUCCUUUGAAAAACAAAGACUUCUAAUUGUCAGGACGGUUUUGGCACAUCAAGGAUCUUCCCUUCCUUCUUCGUCAUCAUUUAGGACUUUGGAGGAGGACCUCUUUUGAAUUUCAAUGUUUACUAAGUAAUUUAUCUCCAUUCUCAAUGAUAAUGCUGGACACUAACCAUUGCCUGUCCAUUGAACCCUCCCCUCCGGGCUCUCCUCCAAUGGCAGACGAUAUGGAGAAGGCAGCACUGAAGAUGGAUCAUGACAGACUUGUCUAUCACAGCCUGAAAGAAGUCCUUCAGCUCAAGCUUCAACAGAGACGUACUCGAGAAGAGCUGGUCAGUCAAGGGAUCAUGCCACCACUGAAGAGCCCUGCAGCCUUUCACGAACAGCGGAGGAGUCUGGAGCGAGCAAGGACCGAGGACUACCUAAAGAGGAAGAUCCGGAGUCGUCCUGAGCGCUCUGAGCUGGUCAGGAUGCACAUUCUGGAGGAGACAUCGGCAGAGCCAUCUCUGCAGGCCAAGCAGCUGCAGCUAAAGCGAGCACGACUGGCCGACGACCUCAAUGACAAGAUAUCUCACAGACCAGGUCCCAUCGAACUGGUGCACAAGAACAUCCUCUCCGUCAGCUGCCCUCUGCAGCACUCACUGCUGGAUUCUCCAAAGGGAGCCGGCGGAGAAAGCUCGUCUUUAGAUGAAGACAGCAGUGAUGCUCUGUCACCAGACCAGCUAACCAAUCACGACUCUCCUCUGAGUGCCGUCCCUCAGCUGUCGCCCUCUGGUGUCCUCACCCCGAAUGGGGACAUUUCCCCCACACAGUUUCUUACGCAGCCCCCUCCUCCACCUCCGCCACCUCCUCCCCAGGUCAAUGGGUCCGACUCCUCCCCUCUCCCAAAAAUGACAAAUGGGACAAUGGUGACCUCUGCAUCCUCUCGCCCCAGCGGACAGGUCAAGUCUCAGGCUAAGUCGAGUUCAGACCGUCCUCCCCAGAGACCGAAGAAACCAAAGGACAACAAGCCCAAGGUGAAGAAGCUGAAGUACCAUCAGUACAUCCCUCCAGACCAGAAGGCCGACAAGGAGCGUCCGCCUCAGAUGGAUUCGUCCUACGCAAAGCUCCUCCACCAGCAGCAGCUCUUCCUGCAGCUGCAGAUUCUCAGUCAGCAGCAGCAGCACUACAACUACCACACCAUCCUGCCCGCCCCACCCAAGCCACAAACCGAGCAGCCUCCCACAACCAGCUCUGGCCCUUCUCCUUCCCGUAGCGUUCACAUGACAACCACCGCGGCGUCCACAGGUCAGACCGUGACUGUCCGUCAGAGCCAAGCUGCAGUGGGAGGAGCCAAACCAGCCACUCUGCCAGCCAACCUGGAUGAGUUCAAAGUUGCUGAGCUGAAACAAGAACUGAAAUUGCGUGGUUUGACCGUCUCAGGCACCAAAAAUGAUCUCAUUGAGAGGCUCCGCAACUACCAAGAGCAAAAUGGCGGCGCAGCAGUUUUGAAAAAUGGCAUAUCUCAAUCCAGCCUCCAGGGCACACCAUCAGCUGCGAGCACCACCGCAUCUUCUCCCACGACGACUUCCACCCCUGAACACCAGUCAGUGGAGGCUGGGUUUAAGUUAGCUUUGUCCUCAUUGGCUCAGGCAGUUCCAGGGCGGGUCAUGCGAUUUGGCAGCACCAGCUCGAGCCCUCCGGUAUCACCGACUCCAUCUGAGAGGUCACUAGCCGGGAUGAGUCCAGAUGAGACAAGCUGCAAUGGAGACAUGUUUGGAGAGAUGGUGAGCUCUCCCCUGACCCAGCUCACCCUCCACCCCUCUCCUCAGCACCCAUCAAACAUCUCUCCACUCUCACAGCCUCUCUCUGUGGUCAAAGAGGAAAUCCAGAGCUCAUGCAGCCUAUCCAGGUCUUCACCUGCAUCUGCCCAGCCUGCAGAGCCCCUACCUGGAGUAGUAAUGGACACAUCAUCUAUGGACAAAGACCAGAUGCUGCAGGAGAAGGACAAACAGAUUGAGGAGCUUACCAGGAUGCUGAGGCAGAAGCAGAGGCUGGUGGAGACCCUGAGGUCUCAGCUGGAGCAGGGCAAGAUGGCAGGUGGGACAGUGGUGAAGAAGGAAGGAAAUGAGAAGAGCAAAACAUCCCCAGAGGUUAAAUUCCAAACUCUAAUAAAAGCCUCAGCCAUCCAGCCCCCCACGCUCCCUAAUGGUAUCGUGUUGAAGGUGAAGAAGGAGCUGGAGCCAGAGGAAGGAAUGGAGGGAGUAACUGAGGAGGCUGAAGCAAAGAAGCCGGCCCAGCCGAUGCAGUGCUCUCAGGAGACUCUGCUCAGGCUGCAGCAGAUUCAGCGGCUGCAGGUCCAGCAAACUGAACAACAGAAACAGCAGCCGCAACCAAAGCAGCAGCAGCAGAGUCAGGUACAACUGCGGAAAGCAACAGAGGCUAAGCUGAGCCCUCAGAAACAACAACAACAGAAGAAAGAUGCUCAAAUCCUGCUCCAUCAGCAGCAGCAACUGCAGCAGCUAAUCAUACAGCAAACCCAACACAAGCAGCUCCUGGCCCAGCAGAAGUUAGCACAGCAGAAACUUGCCCAGCAGAAACUCACACAACAGAAGAUAGUGCCACAAAACCAGCUAAAGCAAACACAAGGGCACAUCCAAGCUCAGCAGAAGAACCAGGUCCAGCUGAAACAGGUUCAGGUGCAGAUCCAAAACCAGACGGGGACGAAUCAGAAGCCUGCAGGGAGCCAAAUGCAGCAAAGGAAGCAGCUGAAGGCUCAGCAGAGGCAACAGCAGAAACAGCAGACAGCAGCAGCUACCACACAACAGGUGACUCCAGUCAUAAUCAACCAACAGAACGGCACUCCACUUCACACACAAGCCUUUUCAUUAGACCUCCUCAAGGCCAACGGCACACCCACUCUGGUCACCGACAGCAACGGCAACCACUAUCUGAUAGCUCUUACCAGUCACACCACAGACGGACAGAACGGAGUGACCUCACUGGCCAAAACCAAUGGGCGGAUCACACUGCAGAGAUUGCAGUCGACUCCAAGUAAACUCCCGAGCACUGACAGUCAAUCAAAAGAGCAGCCAGAGGUCGGGCCUGCAAGUCAACUAAACAAGAAGGGACAGAAGGCGGGACUCCACUUGGACACCGACGGUGCUCCACAGCCCAGCCAGUCAGUCACUGCUCCACCCAACCUGCAGCCUUUCUUCGACGACAUGUCGGACAGUGAAAGCCAAAGCAACUUAAUGUCAUCUCUCAAGCAGGAGAACGGUGUGAACAGCCAGCAGAUGGACGACCUGUUUGACAUCCUCCUGAAGAGUGGAGAAAUCCCCGGCUUCAAGGCCAACCCGGACCCUUCCCUCGCCUCUCCACUCCGACCCACCCUCCCCAUCUACUGCCCCGUCCCCCUCCACCUCUCCCCUCCCACCCCGACAGAGCCCCUCAUCUCCCCUCAGCCCUCUGUGGGAGAGCCCUGCUCAGGCAGCGGGCGCCUGGAAGACUUUUUGGAGAGCACCACGGGGGCCCCGCUGCUGGGCAUGGAGUCCGACGGCGGCCUGACACUGAUCGACGACCUUCACAGCCAGAUGCUGAGCACGCCCAGCAUCCUGGACCACCCUCCCUCCCCCAUGGACACGUCUGACCUGGGCUUCUCCCCUCACUCUGCGGGGCUGGAUUUCGGCGACCCCACUCUGGACAGCAUGGACUGGCUGGACAUCUCCAUGGUGGGGAGCGCAAGUGGAGGAAGCGAGAACAAUGGAGGAGGGAGAGUAGGAGGAGGCGGAGCCAGCGAAGGCGACGGGGGGACGAGUUUAGCCCCUCUGGCCCCGCACACGCCGCCAAGCGUCUUCUCGGCCGAUUUUCUGGACAGCACAGACCUGCAGCUGCACUGGGAGUCAUGUCUGUAGCUCAGACACACACAGAUGGACAUGCGGUCGCUCACACUGUGUACAGGCUCCGUCUUUAUUUCAUGCACAUACAGAUACCUUCUCUAUGCUGUCUCUACCACUGCGGGGGUCACUGGCACAUGCAAACACACACAUUUACACAGUUUGCCCUGUCUUUCACUGGCUGUUACUGUAUGCAAAGUGAGGUCAAAUACGCAAAAAACAUAGAAGUUAAAUUCAUAGACAGGACUUGGUGAAGUGGACUUUUUUAAACUUUUAUUCUAUGGGGAUCCAUCAUCAGACUCGUUACAGGCAAGCUGAUAAUUCCCAUUUCCUGUGCCCUGACCUGCAUAAUUACUAGAAAACCGGAAGCUGCGGGUCACUUCAACCCAUUUCAACCCUCGGUAAACAGUUUGACAGACAGAGAUGAGGAGGGACUGUCGGUGACGUUUACUCGGGCUCCUUGAGAUAGCAGUGUGUGUCAGUGCCUCCUAAACUUUGCACUUAUGCUGAAUCUGAUUGGUAUAACGGGGGUGUUCAGGUCAACAGCCGGAUCUUAGCUCUGUUCGGCGAAGCUGGAUAAAAGUCAGCAGGUGUUCUGUUGAUCAGCUGAGCCGUGGAUGGUGUGUAAAGAAAGGCAGCUGACACGGCAACCUGAACUCCACCCACACUAGUCAAAGUUACAACCGUCAUUGGUUGACAGUUGCUGUUGAAAUGAACCAUAUCAGUGGCAACAGUUUGAAUUGAAGCCUCAUUGGAGGUUGCGUAUUAUUGGUAACAUUAUGGUAGACCACUAUGUAUUGCUGUAUAUGGGGUGUAUAUUAUCAAUUGUCCAUAUGACUAUUUUUCUUUGCUGGUUGCUUUAGAGUCGAGCUAGCUGGCUGGGGAACAUAGGGUGAGGGCGGGGCUUCCAAAAUACUUGGACCUUGUCAUUUUUUAAAGAAAAAAAGUUUAAAAAAAAAUAAACAUAUUAUAAAAACUCAAAAGAUGUCUCUCCUUUUUUGUAUUUUUACAUCAAAUGGCCACACAGAAUCUCCCACAUACACACUACCGUUGAAAAGUUUGGGGUCAGCCAGGCAAUUUCGUGUUUUCCAUGAAAACCCACACUUUUAUUCAUGUGCUAACAUAAUUGCAAAAGGGUUUUCUCAUCAUCAGUUAGCCGUUCAACAGCAUUAGCUUACACAAUGAAGCAUUAGAACACAGGAGUGAUGGUUGCUGGAAAUGUUCCAUCGUAUCCCUUUGUAGAUAUUCCAUUAAAAUCAGCUGUUUCCAGCAAGAAUAGUCAUUUCCCACAUAAACGAUGUCUACACGGGAUUUCUGACUAAUGUACUCUUCAUUGGAAAAAAAUGCUUUUAUUUAAAAAAUAAGGACAUUUCUAAGUGACCCUAAACCUUUGAAUGGUACUGUGUGUCAAAGACGCCUCAUUUAUGGUAAAAUAUUUUUCUCAUUUCUAAUUUUUCUAGAACAUCUCCUUUCUAUGAUUAUUAAUUGCCAUCAAUAAUUUGCUUCAUAGUUGCAGUAAUCAUGGGUAUACAGUGAAACGCCACAAGAGGGCACUAUUGUAAAGAAACGCAAUGCUUCCAGUCCAACUCCGCUGAAGUUGUCUGGAUUCCAACAAGUGGAUGAUUUCAGAUUUUAGUUUUAUUUACAGUUUGAGGGUUACAACUCUGAGUAUACUGUUUAAUUUCUGCAGUACCAAAUGGGGCAUGUACAGAAAACACUACAGCUACCUCUUUUUUUUUUCUUUUUUUACCACGGUCAAACAACCAAGGUUGCUUGCAAUUUCAUUUUAUUUACUCCAUCAACUUUUUUUGUCUAACCAUACAUGAGGCAUUUUUUAAGUUCGUGUGAGCCCUGUUUAAGUGUCUGGUUUCUAAAACUUCACUCUCCAACUUGAUUAUUUUUUUUUAUCUCAGUAAUUAGAAAUUUCAGGUUUGAUCCCCUCAGCUGCUUCAUGCUCAAAACACACACCUGCUGUCGUACUGUAAAUAUCCCGGAGAAGUAGCUUCACACAAAUACCUGAAAUGUUUAAUUGCAGUCUUCUCAGAUGUUUUAUUUGGAAGGCGCAUCAUCCCUUCUAACCAGCUGCACCUGAUGCAGAUGCUGGAACGCUUCUCUUUAUCGUUUACAUCUUUAAACUUACUUCAAUUGAACUUUUAGACUUGAAUAGAGAAAGUAGUGGAAUUUACAAAGUAUAUGAGCAUGUAAAACAUAUGAUCCAGCCAUCAUCAUCCAACUCAAAGCAUCAAUCUUCAAGCAAUAUCACCAUCAGCAACACAGCUGCUUGCCUAUAUGGAACAAAUGUUUAAAACUGGGCCAAAAAAUAGUUUUAAAAGUGAAAAUUGAGUUCUUUUGACAUCAGAAUUCCUUCACACACAUUCACUUCAUUUCUGUGUCUAUAUGGAUUUAAUUUGUGAACUUUACUGAUGCUGGUUGGUGUGUUUUUAUGCUGAGCAUGACUCAGGCUCCUUCCUCCUCCUCCUGGUAUUUACACUAAGCUAAGCUGAUCACCUCCUGGCUCUGUAACUUCAUACUAACGCACAAACAUGAGACUGACGUGGAUCUUCUUAUCUGACUCUAAGCAAGAAAGCAAUUAAGCAUAUUUACCGAGAUGCAGAUCCUUUAAAGCAAGCAGCCUGGAAGGAAAUAACUGAGUCAGAGCUGCACUAAAGGUUAAAAUCCAUCAAUGGAAAUAAAUCCAGAGCUCAUCUGACACCCACAGCACGAUUUCAUACAAAGAAGGUGGGUUUUUUUCAGCAAAAUUAUAUUUUAUUUCAAUUUUCCAACAUUUGAAAGGUUCUCUGUGAUUAAAAAUCAAGCAUGAGUGCUGACUGUGGGUUGGCAGGCUCCUGUCAGUGGGAUGUGGGAUACAGAGGAGAUCUUUAGACCUCGUGGUGCUGCAGCCCUUUGGAGCUCACCGUAGUUAAUUAGUGGCAUGGCCUCAGGACUUUUAUCUGCUUUGUGUAAAGGAGAGAGGGAGGGAUGGGAGUGAUGCUGCACUGGGGAGCUGCUGUGACUUGUGUGUGUGUGUGUGUGAAGUGAAUAUAUAAGAGCGCACUGAGCUGGUUGCAUGUUUGCGUGCUGUGCAUUCAGUAUCUGCAUGUGUUGUGGUCUGUUAGUGUGCAUGUGUGUGUGUUUGAGAGCUACUGAGGGCUCAUCAGGGGCUUUGAGAGCCGCUGAGUGAGGCUUGAAAGGCUCAGAGGAGGAAGCGAGCAAGUCAAACUGGGCAUUAGAGCUCGAUUCAGUCCGGUGUCGCGAUGAAAAGGAGGAGGAGGAGAUGAUGAAGAGGUCACUUUACCCUCACAACAAGAGCUCUCUAAUUACCAGUCAUUUAAAUGACUUCUUCCCUUAAUUCUGCUCUUUAGAGAGUUCUGCGGGCACAGAAAUUAGCCUCUUUUCAGGGAGGAUUUUCUCCCUUUAGUGCUGCGCCAGAGCAGUAUGGUGGUUUAAAGUCACCCUUGUUGUUUGAUUCCAACUGUGCCACUUAACCGUGAUUACUUGAAUGUUUUAAACCUUAUGGCACUGGACAGAAUUAACAAAACAUGAAAACAUGGAGAGGAGUAUUUCAUUAAUUUCAUUGUACACCUGCAGCAUUGGUGCGUUCAUGACAUUGUCACAUGAAGCGUUUUUAUCUGGCUUCACACUGCUCCUUCUGGGGCCUCAAAUGAUUUUUUCUUUUUAUCUUUAUGCAAUAUUUCAGCCAGAUUCAGUAGCUUGAUGACUAUAAUAACCGUUUAUUUAAUGGGUCCUAGUUGCAUGUUUUGCUAUUUUGCUGUAUACUGGGAGAUGACAUUGCAGUCUGUUUCUAAGUGACUGUUCGAAGAAAAUACACUGACUUGCCACAACAAUAAAACCACCUGCCUACCUA